UGAAGAAACAAAAAAAAAAAAAAAAAACUGUCUUGCAUGUUGAUGACGUCACAAAAGGGCACAGCAGUCAAGCUGAUCAGCUGGUAUUGGUAAACACUGGGGCGGAUGAGCCACUUUUGAAAGCUUUCAUAGGUCCUCCUGAGUUUGAGGACGAGUUUGACUCAGACGGGCUGCGAUGGAUCUCUACCUGGACGGCGAAGCGGAUCCAAACGGUGAUGAUUCUCAUCUUCAGCACGGACCCGGAGGUGACAUGCAGUGGUGCUUCUCUCAGGUGAAGGGAGCCAUUGACGACGACGUAGCUGAAGCGGACAUCAUCUCAACGGUUGAGUUUAACCACACCGGGGAGCUGCUCGCCACUGGAGACAAGGGCGGCCGCGUCGUCAUCUUCCAGCAGGAAAUAGACAACAAGAAUGUGCCCCAGUUCAGGAGCGAGUACAACGUUUACAGCACCUUCCAGAGCCACGAACCCGAGUUCGACUACUUAAAGAGUUUAGAAAUAGAGGAGAAAAUCAACAAGAUCCGCUGGCUUCCCCAGAAGAACGCCGCUCAGUUCCUGUUGUCCACCAACGAUAAAACGAUUAAAUUGUGGAAAAUAAGUGAACGAGACAAGAGACCAGAGGGCUACAAUCUCAAAGAGGAGGAUGGCCGAUACAGAGAUCCUAACACUAUCACGGCCCUGCGGGUACCGGUCUUGAUACCUAUGGACCUCAUGGUGGAAGCCAGUCCCCGCCGGGUGUUUGCCAACGCUCACACCUACCACAUCAACUCCAUCUCCGUCAACAGCGACAACGAGACCUACCUGUCGGCCGACGAUCUGCGCGUCAACCUGUGGAACCUGGAGAUCACCGACCGCAGCUUCAAUAUCGUCGACAUCAAACCGGCCAACAUGGAGGAGCUGACCGAGGUGAUCACGGCGGCGGAGUUUCACCCUCACCAGUGCAACACCUUCGUCUACAGCAGCAGCAAAGGAACGAUCCGCCUCUGCGACAUGAGGGUCUCAGCGCUUUGUGACAAGCACUCCAAGCUGUUCGAGGAACCCGAGAACCCCAGCAACCGCUCCUUCUUCUCAGAGAUCAUCUCCUCCAUCUCCGAUGUCAAGUUUAGCCACAACGGACGCUACAUGAUGACCAGAGACUACCUGUCCGUCAAGAUUUGGGACCUGAACAUGGAAAGCCGUCCCGUCGAGACGUACCAGGUUCACGAGUACCUGAGGAGCAAGCUGUGCUCGCUCUACGAGAACGACUGCAUCUUCGACAAGUUUGAGUGCUGCUGGAACGGAAACGACAGCGUGGUGAUGACCGGCUCCUACAACAACUUCUUCCGGAUGUUCGACCGCGGCCACCGGCGGGACGCCACGCUGGAGGCGUCCCGGGAAAACAGCAAGCCCCUGCAGGUCCUCAAGCCGCGCAAAGUGUGCACCGGGGGCAAGCGCAAGAAGGACGAAAUCAGCGUGGACAGUUUGGACUUCAACAAGAAAAUCCUGCACACCGCCUGGCAUCCGCAGGACAACAUCAUCGCAGUGGCAACCACGAACAACCUCUACAUAUUCCAGGAUAAAGUGAACUAGCAGCCCACAGGUCGCUUCAGAAGGAUCUGAAAGGAUCUCGAUGGCCUGGCGGCGCGCUCCGGCCCGACCAGACGCUCUGUCCUCCAUGUGGACGGGCGACGCCGUGUCCCGUCAUUCGUCCGUCUGCGGCAGAGACGUCUGCCUUGAUGUUAAAGUCAUGUGCCAAUAUUUUUCCUUUCAUCCCGUGUCUUUGCCUGCUGACCUGCCCUUUUACUUUUUAAAACGUGGGUAAUACCUUUAAUUUCCUCAAAAGCUUUGACUAGAGACUUAUUUUUAUAAACUGUCCCUCUGAAUGGUUCUGUGUUAGAAUAAAAACUGUUCAGUACAUCCCGCUCUUUUUUUUUGUCCCCCCAUACCAUAUUGGUGUUCAGAUUUCCUGAAUUCACCUUUUUUAUUUUCUUUUUAAAAGUCAUUUUCAGAUUUUUUGUUUUUUUUCCCCCCUCUCAUUAAAACAUCAAGAAGCAUCUAACCCCCCCCCCCCACAAACCAACAGCUGCCUCCAGGAUUUUAGAUUCCUCACACAUCAUCCAUCUGUUCCUCAUGCUACGAGGGUCCGAACGGUCUCGAAACUCCAGAACACAUUUCCCUUAUUUUUUUUCUUCCUCUUAAAAUGACCGUCUCUGUGCAUUGGUUCCUCUUUCUUUCUUUUCUUUUUUUGUGUUCUCCAACAGUCAGGCAACAGAGAGAAGCUAAACAAAGAUAUUAUCGUUAAUAUUAUGAUGGUCAUAUUUUUAUUAACUGUCUAAAAGUGUUUCGUCCCACUUUGUGGAACAAAGCUGGACCUUUUAGCUUCUUUUUGAGCGAUCUUAAGUUCCACGUUGCCGGUAUUUUACCACAGGGAUUUGACACUGGACUUUUGUUGUGCAUCAACCAAGUGCUUUGGAUGUCUGUGUUGUACGACUGUAAUUUAAAAAAAAAAAACAAAAAGUACAUUAUUUGAGGCACUGAAUAACUUAUUUUAACCACUGCAGACAUUUAAGGACGGGGAGGCCUCCAGCGACGUACAGUUUUACUCUGACGGUGGAAGGAAAAGGAAAGGAUAUAGGAAUUAUUUUUGCAACAUUUUGAUUGUUGUUCAGCUUUUGUUUCACCAAAUGUUGCUUGUUUUGUUUCUGUUGGUUGAAAUACAAUAAAUUAGAACGUCAUUAAACAAUUUUUAUUUCAGUACGCCGGCUGAAACGGUGAAAAUGGGCUUUAUUGCACACGCUGUGAUGCCUGUCAAGUGUUUGUUUCUGUUAACUUUGAUUGUGGCUUACUGCUUCUCCAGAGUUCUGUUUUCACAGAAAAUUACAAUACAACAAAAAUACCAAUUUACGACUUUUAGUGCAGAGUGGUUUUGUUGUGGCCUUAAAUUUUAUAAACACUUCUGAAGGUGAGCCACAGAAAGUCGUGGUUGGAGAAGUUGGUUGAGCAUAGAAGGAAACAUUUAGUAGAUAAAGGUGCAGUACACUAUAGCAUGAAUUAGCAUUGCUGAGGCCUUAGAGAAGCCUAAGUUACUUUAUUAGCUGCCCUAAGCUCAUUUAGAAUAUGUCAUGGGUUGUCUCGCAAUCCUCAUCAAGUUUGCAGAUGUCCCCGUUUUUGCUAGUCUUUCUGCCACAUUUUUUCCUUCCACUAAACUUUCCUUUACUGUUUCUGGCUACAAGACUCUGAACAGCCACCUUCUUUAACAAUAGCCUUUUGUUGCCUAUAAAGGACAUAUUUAUUUAUUUAUUUAGAAUUCAGUUUUAUCUUUGCUGUAAGUCAUAAUGAUCAAAAUCUGCAGAAACAAAUACUUGAAAUAUGUCACUAAUUUACACUGCUGCAUUACAAGUUUUACUAAAAAAAGACUAUAGUUUUUCUUUUA